CUUGUUCUGAUAGGAUCCGGAUUUUUACGAUCGCAAACGAGAAUUCCCGAUUUCAAAUGUAAACAUGGCAGAUCAGGGAGGCGAAGUUGAUACCAACCAAAUUUUAGAACGACCACCACAAAAGCAGUCUGAUGCAAAGAAUGAACCUGCCUCAGAUAUAGUAGAUUUGUGCUCAGAGGCAUUUAAGAAAACUGCAGAGUACAUAAUGGAAGAACUUUCAGGUACUGUAGAAGACUAUAAGCUAUUGGAGACAAUGAACAAAGUUACCGUGUCCAAGUACGCAGAGAUGAAAGGUUCUGCUCAUGAUAUUGGAUGUGCUUUACAAGAAUUAAAUGAAAAAUAUACAAACCUUCAGCCAUUCCUCGAACAAAUAGAUUCCAUUGAAGAAAGUGUGAAUACCUUAGAAAAGGCAGCCUACAGACUUGAUGCAUACUCUAAACGUCUCGAAGCCAAAUUUAAAUCUUUAGAGAAGAGAUGAAUGCAGUUGCUACAAGACAAGUGUGCGUGAACAAUUGCUGUCUAUAAUCCAAGUAGCAAAUGAUGAGCCGCUAUCUGAUUGUUUGCUUUAAGUCAAGUGACAAUUUAACUUUGUGCAAUGCAAGAAUAUGUUGUUAUACUUUGAACCUGCUUUAUUCAAAUGGGAAAUUAAUCUAUUAAUGAAAUACUAAUUCCAUUAUGUUCAAUAGUUUAUUUAUGUUGCCUACAUCCACUAUGUUGUGUUAUUGUUCAUUUCUCAUAUUAUUUGGUGUUCAUUAUUUCAACAACCUUUAAAAUACACAUGUGAAGACCUUUUAUCCACAGCGUUCUUUCUUCCAAUUCAAAUAGUUUGUUAUAAAUUUAUAUAUUUAAACUUAUAAGUGUAAAUGUGAAUUUAAAUAUGCAAAAUUCAGUGUACUUCUAUUUACAAUAAAAAUGUAGAAAAUUAUAUCUUCCGUUUACUCAGAAUAUAAUCAUUUUCAAAAUACCUCAUACCUGCCAUGUUGAACAUUAUGACAUGUUAUGUUGUUCACAAUUAAUACCAUUUACAGUACAUGCUGACAAAUAUUUCAAUUAAAUGUGUACUAUGAUUAUGAAAUCUUCACAGGGUCCUACAGACACUCCUUUCAGAAUAAAUUACAAAAUGUUAAUCAAAAUGUGGAAGUCAGCUAACCAGUUAUUCUUGCAGUGAAAGCAAAACACCACAACUACAAUCAUUUGUGAACAGUUAUUUUUAUUUUGAGUUCAGUUCCUUAUAUAAAUCAAGCAGUGAAACAUUUUAAAAAGAAGGUAAAACAAUGUAAAUCUACACACAUGAGAUACAAAAAAAUUACUUGUGAUAUAAAAUUCAGUUAAACAGUCUACACAAUAAAGUACUGAUAACAAUGACACAGUCAAACACAGUAAAAUAAUAUCAUUUGAUAUUAAUUUUGUAUAAUUUUAUUAUGAAUUAACAGCAACUUAUUUGUCCUUCAAAGACAUUUGUUUUACCACAACAGUUAUCCAUAUGAAUUCUAGAUGAAAAUAUGAAAAGUAUAAACUGUUCUGGCAUUUGCGAUAUUUAUGAAGAGUUUAUUGGACAGAAAUAUACGCCUGUCAUAAAUAAAUGGACCCCAUUAAUGGAAAGUUUAUUGAAGUUUCUGUGAAAAGUGAACAAGUGAAGAGGGCUGAAACUGCAUUUGGAUUGUUUGUGACUGGUGUGAAUUCUAACUAAGUCUCCAUCUAAAUUUUAAAUAAGAGCUGUCUCCAUAGGAUGACAUAUGCCCCCGUUAAAAACGCUUUGAUAGAAGUUAUGAGCAUUUCUCAAAACCUAAACACAGAUUUCGAAACCUUAACGUGGACCCAUAGGUCAAGGUCAAAGGGGUAAACAUUUGUGUGCGUAUGGAAAGGCCUUGUCCAUAUACACAUACAUACCAAAUAUGAAAGUUACAUCUGAAGCGACAUAUAAGUUAUGAGCAUUUUUCGAAACCUAAAAGCAGAUUUCGAAACCUAAACGCGGACCCUAAGGUGACAGUCAAAGGGGUCAAUAUUUGUGUGCAUAUGCAAAGGCUUUGUACAUAUACACAUGCAUACCAAACAUGAAUGUUACAUGUACAUCUGAAGCGACAUAGAAGUUAUGA